AUGGAGUCACACAGUAUGACUUCCGGCACCAGCGAUGCUCGAUCGGUCUUGGCUCCAACAUCAUCUAGCCUCGAGUACUGUCCACAUGUUUGGGAUACUGCCGCCCCGACUACAAGACAGAAGAGGGCUGUCCGACUGAUCGAUGGCAUUGUUAGUGGUGAUGAAUCGUGGAUUUACUGUUAUGAACCAGAAAAUAAACGACAGUCGGCUGUUUGGAUGUUCCAAGGUGAAGAAAAUCCAACAAAAAAGGUCGCGAUAUUUGUGUCAAAAGCGGGUCAUAUUGCAACAAUUCCUCUUAAUGAGCAAAGAACUGUUACUGCGGAUUGGUAUACCACCAUUUGUUUGCCAAAAAUCAUCACCGAGCUUCGAAAAAUCAACCAAGACAAUGCAAGCUCGCACACAGCCCAAAAAACAAGGCAGUAUUUAACGAAAGAAAACAUGGAAUUAUUGGACCAUUCUCCAUAUAGUCCCGAUCUAAGUCCUAACGAUUUCUUUACUUUCCCGAAAAUUAAAAACAGACUGCGUGGUCAAAGGUUCCAGUCACCAGAAGAAGCAGUUGACGCAUUCAAAAAUGCCAUUUUGGAUCUGCCAGCAAACGAAUGGAAUAAGUGCUUCGAAAAUUGGUUCGAGCGCCUGCAGAUGUGUAUUAAUCUUCGUGGGGAAUACUUCGAAAAACAAUAA